AUGACGAACGAAGCAAUGAGCACAGAAAAUCAAGAUAAUCAACAGUUUUCUCCGGGUAUAGUAUCUGGUUUGCUCAAAGGUUUGAAAAAUGAGAAGGAAAGUUCUGAAUUUUCUGACGUACAAAUAAAAGUAGACAACUAUGAGUUUCGAUGCCAUCGUGUAGUUCUUGCUGCUUGUUCUGGAUUUUUCAAAGCCGUCUUUACUUCAGGGAUGAAAGAAGAUCUUGAGAGAAAAGUAAUCCUUCAAGAAAUCUCACGGGAGACAUUUGCUGAUGUACUGGAAUGCAUGUAUGCAGGACGGAACGUCAUUAAUGACACUAACGUGUUUGACAUUUGGCACGCAGCAAAUCAGCUUCAGAUACUCUUUCUGUUGCAUGAAUGUGAAGUGUUCCUCAAACAGAAAAUCAACCCUGAAAAUUGCCUUGCCAUUUAUCAACAUGGCAAGCUGUUGGAUUCAAAGGAGAUGGUACAGUUUUCAUGGUCCUAUAUUGUUGACAACUUUGAAUCUAUACGGCGAUCUGAAGAACUUAUGAUGCUUACUAAAGAAGAAAUGGAAGCGUUUAUCGCUAGCCCUGACUUGAAGACCAUAUCUGAAGAUCAUGUUCUGGAGACAGUUCUCUCAUGGGUUGAUUACAAACCAACUGAACUGUUCGAUGAGACAAAUGAACUGGUUUACAAGUGUGAUACACCAGGGCAGACACAGAAGGACGGCAGUCAAUCAGAAAAUAUCAGUUAUGCCGGUCACAAUCAGGACAUAUCUGCAGUAAACGAUUGA